AUGGAUCUCCCACAAAAACCAAGUACCGUGCCCGAUACUGGCAUUGCCGCAAAAUCAGAGCCGUUGGCAUUCUCAACAACAACACCCGCUGCCAAUCCUUCUAAAGUCCUCCCCCAAAAACCAUCACCAGCGAGCAAAUACGACGAUACCGAGGCACUUUUCCAGAAAUUUGAUGAAGUUUUGAACAAUAAUCUUAGGCUCCUAGAUGAAUCCUUUAAUUCAUCGCUUAAUAUAUUGGACCAUUUGAUAGUCAGUAACGGAGUGAUUGAAGAAGUCAAAGAAAAGAAGGAAACAACAAAUGACGAAGAAAAGAAUGGAGACACAGAAAAGGUUGGAGAUGGUGGGGAAGCUACGAAGGAUGAGGAUAAGAUGGAUAUUGAUGUGACACCAACCACUCCACCUAAGCCACGACCACUAUUACAUGAAAAAUUUGUUGAAGAACUAGCAAAUGAAAAGUUUCGGAAAACUAUCACAAAACAUAGCAGGGACUCUUUUAUGAAAACUUAUUGGUUGGGUUGUGCCAUAAAUAACCCUGAUCCUUCGAAAAAUGUUCAAGGGAAAGUCUCUGACCUUGAGAAUAAGAGCAUUCCUGAAAUUCAAAAGACCUUGGAAAAAGAAUUGGCUGGUUAUUAUGUUAAUAUUUACCAAGCAGAUUUGGAUUAUAGAAUGAAAAUUCUUCCAAAUUUAAAUGAUGUGGGUCCCAACCCGAGCAGUGAUGAGACUAUAAGAUUUGGAGAUGUUAAAUUAUAUGAAGACUUCAAGUUGUCCGCUGAAGAUAUUAACGGACUUAAAUCUAAAACAAAAAAACAGGAAAAUAAACCUGAUGUUAAUAAGGAAAACAAAAUGGAUAUUGAUGAACAAGAUCAUGAAGCUGUUGAUGAAGGAGAAAAGGAAAAGAAAGCAGCGGACGAAAUUAUUGAAAGCGACUUGGAAUUCCUUGAUUUGAAACUAUUAAAGUCCAAGAAAUACAUUGAAUAUGUUAAUGAUCUUAAGUUGAUCAAGCUCAAAAAUCGCUUGAUCAAUGAGGUAUUAACUAUCGAAAAGAUUAAACUUGAUAAGGAAAGCCAGAAAUGGUUGACAAGAAAGAAUGAUUUGAUGAAGUUUUUGAAUGUUGACUUGAAGAAUGUUGCGGUUGCAAUCAAAACGAUCAACGAAGAAAUCAGAGAAGCCAAAGAGGCAGAAAGUGAAGAAGUUUCUGGCAGUAUACUAAAAGAAAACAGAUGCUCUUCUGUGGAAAAAACGGAUAUUGGUACAGGUGAUGUAAUUAUGAGUAGUUAA